CCUCACUUAUGUAGCUCACGUUUGAGCCGGUACAAAGAUGUUUAUGUUUACAACAAUUUGUACAUAUCAAUGCCAUCAUCAGAGUGCUUGUCAGGGAAAAAGCGGCUUCAUACGAAAUUUUGAAGUGAUUUUAAAUUUAAAGACUGAUACGGUUGUUCCUCAAAUCGUACGUUUGUCUUUUUGUUGUAUUUCGUAAUAGAAGCAUAAAACUAUUUUAAUGUUUCUGUUUGUAGUGCUGUUUACACGGGGACACAUUGGAGAUUGGAAUUUACUAAUACGGUACACAUUCUGACGGCAGAAAAAAAACGAGAAUGGAACAUUUAAUUUGGCUUGUUCUUCUAAAGACACUGUAGUUAUACCAACCUAUCAAAUAUCAUCAUGUGGCAAUAUACAAUAAAUACACAAUUAUCUAGCCCUGGAGUUUAGUAUUGAAUCGCAUAUAUACUGAGUGAAAGGAAAACACAUCGAUAAAUUAUGAGCGGGAUUGUUUUGGCUAUUUUUCUAGCAGUUAUCUCAGGACAUGAAACGCUUGGCUAAGUUAGGUGUAUGUGUCUUUCCUGAGACAGUCAGAAAUAAACUGCAGUCCUGGCAAAGUAAUCUUGAUGAAAAACUGUAAGAAGUGAAGGAAAAAUGGUGCAAGGGUGACAGUAUGACAUAUCAACUUGUUGGCGAUAACUGGGAUAAAAAUAUAGUACCCUCUUACAGGACUUCUAAAAAUUCAACACAGUCAAUACAUCUUUUUAACGUUAUUGGCGUCAUUGACCGGAUUGUAAUAAAGAAGGAAGAAGGCACUCCUGUUAGGACAGUGGACAGCAUGACAGCCGUUGACUUUAUACCAUCUGAAGGGGACAUUGACAGUCUACAAAAAGAACUAACGUUCCUUGUGGCCAGAUCUGUUAUCCAAAAUAUUAAACAAAUGGAAGAUUUGUUUGGGAAAAUUUACCCUGGCCAUCUGGAGCAUAUCCACAGUAAUGAAGCUGGAAUGAAAACUUCGCAGUAUUCUCUUGGUCUUUUUGAUUGUGAUGAAAAGAAAACAGCAGAUGUCAUAAGGUUGUUGCAAAACUUGACAGAGAAAUACGUUCCCAAGAAGGAUGGGGAGAUUGUUGAAGAAGUUUUUUUUGGAGGAGACAGACUGACUGAUGAAAAAAUUCAGGUUGCUCAGCAAGCAAUGAGAAAUGCUGACAGUGGCUUAGAGAGGUUAGAAGGCUUCAUUUCAAAGAUAGAGGAUUUUCAUCGCUUAAUGAAUUUUCUGGAGGCAAUCCACAGGCUGUCAUACAAUACACAGUCUUCCAGAGAUAGGGGAACUGUACAUUAUUACAGAAACUUACUGAAUGCGCGAAAUGUCAAGGGCGAAGUAAAAAACUCUUACCGGGCAUAUAAGCAGCUAUAUUACACAUUGUUUGAUGCCAUUUGCUGUGUGCUGUUCCUUAAGAAAUUUGAAUUGGAUAGCUGUGAUUCAACUAUUCCAGUACCACAAGGCAUAAAAGAUUGGGAAGCAGAUCAACAGUUACAAUGGCUAAAUGACAAGUGUGGUGAAAUUGUAAAAGAGAUUUUUCCUCAUGAUUUAUUUGCAGAAUUGCAGAAUGUGCUCGCAGAUCCUGAUCACGAGGAAAAUUACUGGGUUAAUUCUAUUGAAAAUGACAAUUUCAAGUGCCACUUCUGUAAUUCAAGGUAUAAAUAUGUAACAUCUUUGAAAAUGCAUGAAAAAACUAAACAUCAAGUUAACAUGUCUGCCAAGGUCCAAACAACAAACUCAUUGCUUAGGCAAACAGAUGAACUGAAUGACUAUCUUGUUUCAGUUUUCCGUCUAACAGCUCUUCACCAAAACUUAAACAGUGCUGUUGAUAUGGGUGAUGGCUACAGAGUAGUAAGGAGUGCCAAAUUUGAAACGCCUAUAUACAACAGGACCAACAAAGUUAAAUAUUUGAUAGGAAGUGUACAUCUUACAGCACUUGUGUCUGGCACAUUACCGGCUCACCAAUCAAAGCGCUUAAUUGCAAACAGAUUUAUCAAUAUUUCAGGUGGGAAGAACAAUAAUUUGUCUUUGGAUGAAUUUGUUGAAAUUUUAAACAGAGACACCAAAAAUGCAACACAUGGCUUUCAAACAAAAGACAGUAUUGUGCAACAUUCAAAAGAAUUUCCCCAUCUUGUUCAUGCAGUUAAACAUUUUGAUGCUAUGUGUGAAGUAAAAAAAAGAAAAGGGUUUCACAAACUUCCUUCAUACAAGGAGGAUGUCAAAAAGGUUUUGAUAGAUUUGCUGUCUAUUAAUGGUUUAGAAGUUCGUCCUGGCCGCACACUUCAUUGCCGUAAAAUUGUGCAAAAAAGCAGCAAUCCUUUCAGUGACUGUUUUGUUGGUUUGCCAGUAAUGAUUGCCAGACACAAGCCAGAAUUGCCAUUCAGACGUUUGCGGAAUAAGAACAUGUAAUCUUUCCAAUGUCUUUUCGUUUUGUGUUUUGAAGUACAACUGUACAUGUAAACAAGGGUGCAAUAGCAACAAAAUACGCCUGUUUGUAGUAAAUAUAUUCAAUCAAAUAUAUACCUGUUAAAAUUAAACGUUUUUAGGUCAAUAUAAAAUAUGCAUAAUGUGGUGAGGCACAAUCAGACUGAAGAUGUUAGUUUCUGCUGCAUUCAAUUAUAAACUCUAUAAAAACUCAGGAUGUGGUUAAAUUUGACCUUUAACCUCAGAAGAGUGACCUUGACCUAUGAGCAAAGGAGCUGCUUCUUGCGCAUGAAACAUUUGUGUGAAGUUUAAUUGUGCUUCACAUAAAAAGCUAAACAAGAUAAAAUCUACAACAUUUUAUAAUUUCAUUUUAACUUUAUUCUUCAUUAAAAUGCUAUAUUCAUUAUACUGUUCAUUUUUCUUCUUGCAUAAGGUAUAUAGUGAAUUAUAGCCAUUGACUAUAACAAUUGUUUUUUAAUAUGUGGUGAGGCAAAAUAUUA